UUCAUGAGAGAGAGAGAGAGAGAGAGAGAGAGAUCACUCCUUCCUUCACUCUGAUUCUCUGCACAUCGCUAACGCAACGGCGUAAUUAGGGUUUUUUUUUUCACAAGCACGAGGAUUAGGGUUUGUCGGCGACUUCGUUGCUCGAUUAAGAGGGCCGAGAAUAUAAUCAAUCGUCAUGAACAUCUUCAGAAAGAAGACUUCCCCCAAAGAUGCUCUGCGCACUAGCAAGAGGGAAAUGACUGUUGCUACACGAGGUAUUGAACGUGAGAUCUCAUCUCUUCAAUUGGAGGAAAAGAGGCUAGUGGCAGAGAUCAAGAAAACAGCUAAGACUGGAAACGAGGCGGCCACCAAGAUUUUAGCUCGUCAACUUGUUCGUCUGAGGCAACAGAUUACCAACUUGCAGGGAAGUCGGGCCCAAAUUAGAGGUGUAGCGACUCAUACACAGGCCUUGUAUGCUAGCACCUCAAUUUCGUCUGGCAUGAAGGGUGCAACCAAGGCUAUGGUUGCCAUGAACAAGCAAAUGGCACCCAUAAAACAAGCCAAAGUGAUCAAGGAAUUCCAGAAACAAUCUGCACAACUGGACAUGACGAUAGAGAUGAUGUCAGACGCUAUUGAUGAAACGCUAGACAAAGAUGAGGCUGAAGAGGAAACAGAAGAGCUUACCAACCAGGUGCUCGAUGAGAUUGGUGUCGGUGUUGCAUCUCAGUUAUCUUCAGCUCCAAAGGGUCGGAUUGCAACAAAAACCGCUGCUCCAACAACCGGUAAUAACAACAGCGAAAACAACAGCACCGAAUCUCCUGAAGUGGAGGAGCUGGAGAAGAGGUUGGCAUCACUGCGAAGGAUCUGAGAUAUGAACCACUAGGGCCAACGUAUUGAAGAGAAGGAAAAAAACAGCUCCCCCUUUAUGUGUAAAAAUCUGCUAUAAGUGAACUCAGGUUGCUUGAAAGUAGUUGUAACCAAAAGACUUUUUUCGAUAAAGUGUAACCAAAAGACUUCAGAUUGCGAAUAUACAUAUAUACGUAUAACCUUUAGAUACGUAAUUAUAUUUUA